GAUCAAAGUUUUCGGCCACGUGCUCUAGUGACACAGCACAGCAGCAUGGACAAGGAGGUGGAGGAGACUGUCAGCAAAAAGAAGCUGUUAAUGCUGUGUUGUAUUUCAGACUACCGAUUCAUCGCAAUAUUACGUUACAUAGACAAGUUAGCACAUUGAUUGUCUGCAUUGGAACUUCGGCCAAACCUUGCAGAACUGACGGAGAAGUGUGAGCUGGUAGCGAUCGCGUCGCCAGUGAGAAACCCGAGUGAGACCAAAGACAGAGACAGUGUGUUGACGAUGGAGUGGUUCAGGGACGGAGAUCCCAUGUUCUCAGAUCCGGACGGAGAUCCCUGCAGUGCCUCAGGCUCUUUACCAAAUAACUUCGACACUCCGCCCCUUAACUUUCAGGCUCAAGCCAGGGCAGAGGGCCUGUCCUCGUCCAUGGCCUCCCUGUGCCAGAGUGUCAAGGCCUCAGUGGUGUCCAGCUGGGGGCUGGUGGAGGCCCAGGACCAGCUCUGCAGUCUGGAGCUGCACGGUUCAGAGUCCACAGAGCAGGAGCGUGCACGGGCCAGGGCCUCCUUUGCAGAGCUCAGCGUCACCGAGAUGGAGUGGAGGCGCAAGGAGAGCAUGUUGGGAGGUCAUGACCCCAGCCACAGCCCCGUGCUCGGUGCCCAUGGCAGCAGAGAUGUUUUUGACAAGAGCAUCAUCAAUGUCCAAAGCAAGAAUGUUGACAUGGAACAGGACAAGAGCAAGACUUUUGUUCAGAAGUAUGAACAAGAACUCAGACAUUUUGGUAUGCUGAGGAGGUGGGAUGACAGCCAGCGUUUCCUGUCAGACUUGCCCCAGCUCAUCUGUGAAGACACGGCCAACUACCUGAUCCUCUGGUGCUUCGGACUGCAGGCCGAGGAGAAGGAGGCACUGAUGGAGCAGGUGGCUCACCAGGCUGUUGCCAUGCAGUUCAUCCUGGAGAUGGCCAGCAGUUCCCAGCAGGACCCCAGAGGGUGCUUCCGACAGUUCUUCCACAAAGCUAAAGCAGGGCAGGAGGGCUACCUUGACGUGUUCCUGACCGAGUUGGAGGCCUUCAAGGGGAGGGUGAGGGAGUACACCGCCAAGACAAAGGGCGGAGACGGCCCCACAGACGGCCCCACAGACGCCCAACACCAGGCCAUCGCCACGCCACACUGUCGCCUCGACCCCAAGGAGGUUCUGGAGUCGUUGCCUCCCGAGCUGAAGGCAGGUUUCCAGAUGCAAGACAGGCAGAUCCUCCAGAAUGUUCUGAGCACCAUGAACCCACAGGUGGCAGAGUACCAUGUAAAGCGCUGUCUGGAGGCGGGCCUUUGGGCAACUACAGCCAGGUGGGCGAAGGACGACGCUGCAGAAACAGACGACUUGCGCAUGAUGGAGACCUCCUAGCCUAUGGGGUGCAAGACCUCUCGCUCCCUCAUCCCCCCCACCCCCCCACCCCCAUCGGAAGGGAAUGACUCCUCAAUAUAGGAUACAGUCAAAAUGGAGGACUAAGGGCUAAGCUUCACAUAGAGACUUAUUUUUGUAUGCAGAAUCUGCGUCUGAAUGUGUCCUGCACUUUAAAUGUGUUCCAAACGGAAAGGUAUUUAAAAUAAGUGAGGGAGGGGCAUUUUUGAGGCACUUCCUGUUGCUUUCUUUCCUGCUCACCGUCACUGGCUCCUAAUCACGUGGAUUUGAAAGUCUGUCAGAUUGUUGUUUUUUCCUUGAGCAGAUGCAUUUGGGCAUGUGUUUUAUUUUUAUUUUUUAGACCAUCAGAAUUUUUUAUUUUUGUCUGAUAGAAUGUCAGUCUGUGUGUUUCGAAGGGCAUCGAACUGCUCAUCCAGCUGGGGCUACCUCUCAGGGCUCCUGAGUGUCACACAGAAGGCUGACCUGUCCACGAACAGAAGGCUGACCUGUCCACGAACAGAAGGCUGACCUGUCCACGAACAGAAGGCUGACCUGUCCACGAACAGAAGGCUGACCUGUCCACGAACAGAAGGCUGACCUGUCCACGAACAGAAGGCUGACCUGUCCACGAACAGAAGGCUGACCUGUCCACGAACAGAAGGCUGACCUGUCCACGAACAGAAGGCUGACCUGUCCACGAACAGGCUCCCACUAUCCACGUCGGGCACAGUCACUAGUUGGAAAGUGUGAAAACGACACGGAAGUGGGGAAUUUUGACUGGAUCCAGCAUCUCUUUCGCUUUUCUCCAUCAAAGAGACGGAGAGUGACCUACACAGACGGCUUGGCAGAGCGAGCGUAUGCUUGUGGGAGGAGAGGGUGUGUGUCCGUGACGAGAUCCACCAACCUGUUUACUUGUGGUUAAUUCAAGUACACUGUUGGCUUUAGUGCUGCUGCUGUUCCCAGUUGACUGAGGCCCAUCCAACCUCUAAUCGAUCAAAAGGAAUUUGUAGGAAAGUGCGUUAACUUGCUGAGUCCUGACUAAAACUUGACAUUACCUGGAUUGUUACUGAGACAGCUGAACUUCAAUAAGGAUUGUCAUCAUCAAGCAUCGAAUACACGACCCGUCUCAAUAAGCUAUCAUCAUUUACCACCAUGUCAUUCUGCUGGUGGCUCUGUCUGUGCUUGUAUAGAUGAAGGGGUCGCAGCAGUCAUGCUGUGAGCCUUCACAGCGUCAUGCUAGGCCUGUCCCCUCCAUGACUGACUUACUAUGCAAAGCAAAAUUGGGUUUCAGCUGCUGUGACAGUAAAAGGAAUUACUCGACACAAAGGUUUGUUUAUGUAUGUGCCACCUUGGAACAAUCUGGAAUAUGCCGUUGGUUGUUUCACUAUAAACUGGGGGAAAUCUCAAACUCCAGGAACCGGGUAUAGCUCCAAUGUUGUCAUUGUACGCUUGUAAGCUGUUGUACGUAAAUCGCACAAAGAUGUCAAUGGCUUCUUCAGGAUUUAAAUAUGAAACUAGCUAGCGUCAAUGCUUGGCUUCUCCAGUGCCCUUUAAUGGAGCAUGGAUAUUGAUAUUAAUGACCAAACACUAAUCUGGCAGUCACAAGAUUAGAGACAGAUCCCAUUAUUGUGCUGGUGGCUCUGUACGCUAGCCAAGCAGCGGACAGGAGGCAUGGCCUCCUUCCGCACACUCCUUAAUAAAGUACUUUGAUGUGCUCUAAAAGACAGUGACAAUAAACAUGAAUGAAGAUGUAAA